ACCCUCUAUGACUGUCAGCCAGUAUCCUUUUCUUACCUCCUUCAGCAUCUUCCCCAGUUGCUGCCUGACUUGCACUUAUCUGAGGGGUGAGAAUUCAUUCUAAACGCCUAGGAGCCUCAGCUUCUGCGGUGCUCAUCCUCCUCCCUCUGUCAGCCAGGAGCAAGAAUGGAUGCUGCCAAUAAUGGGUAUCUUUGCCAAUUGAGUAAAAACUGAUCAUCGGAUCUAUGGAUUUUUGGAGAAUGUAACUACAGAGCACAGAACUUGGAAGUUGUCACAAUGGGAGCCAACAAUUCAAGUAAAACCCCUGUGUGCGAUGAAAAUGAAGAAGUCAAUUUUAAUCAUUUUGAAAUUCUGCGAGCAAUUGGAAAAGGCAGCUUUGGAAAGGUCUGCAUUGUUCAGAAAAAUGAUACAAAAAAAAUGUAUGCCAUGAAAUAUAUGAACAAACAGAAAUGUGUGGAACGUAACGAGGUUCGAAAUGUUUUCAAAGAACUGCAGAUCAUGCAGGGUCUGGAGCAUCCAUUCCUAGUGAACCUAUGGUAUUCCUUUCAAGAUGAAGAGGACAUGUUUAUGGUUGUGGACCUCCUACUUGGUGGGGACUUACGAUAUCAUCUUCAGCAAAAUGUACGAUUUACUGAAGCCUCGGUCAAGCUUUACAUCUGUGAACUGGCCUUAGCCCUUGACUACCUUCAGAGCAAAAGUAUCAUUCACAGGGACAUCAAACCAGACAAUGUUUUACUUGACGAGCAAGGACAUGUACAUAUCACAGAUUUCAAUAUCGCUACCUUGGUCAGUAAAGGAACAAAAAUAACCACAGUGGCCGGAACAAAGCCUUACAUGGCUCCAGAGAUGUUCUACCCCAGAGGGCAGAUUUGCUAUUCUUUUGGUGUAGACUGGUGGUCACUAGGGGUCACUGCCUAUGAACUUCUUCGUGGCAGAAGACCUUUUCAUAUUCAUUCAAGUACUGCUGCCACAGACAUUGUCCAUGUGUUUCAUACAGCCACUGUGACCUAUCCCCCUGCCUGGUCCGAAGAAAUUGUUUCCUUACUACACAAACUGUUAGAUAGAAACCCAGAGGAGCGGUUUUCCUGCCUAGAACAUAUCCAAGACUUCCCUUAUUUAUCAGAUGUCAACUGGGAUGCUGCACUGCAGAAGAGGCUCUCACCACAAUUUAUCCCAACUAAAGGCCGACUAAACUGUGAUCCAACAUUUGAGCUUGAAGAAAUGAUACUGGAAUCUAAACCUCUCCACAAGAAAAAGAAGCGGCUAGCAAAGAAAGUGAAGGACACUGGGAAGUCUAACACAACUCUGAAUGGCAAUCUGCAGAAACACUUGGACUCCGUGGAGAGAGACUUCAUUGUUUUCAAUAGAGAAAAGAGUCAACAUGAUCAUAAUGAUAACCAAGAAAGCCUAACUGUGGUCCAGACCAAAGAAGAGGAUGAUGAUGGAAAGAACAAUAAUCUGUCGAUGUUAUAAUCUUCUCCUCCAUAUGCACUGAAUAUGUGGCCAUUGCAAUUCAGGAUAGGCUCAGCCAUUGCUUGAGAUGAAUACAAUACACAUAUAUAUCUCUCAGGAGAUCCAGAGCCAGAGUGCUUGGUGAAAGGAGGCUGCUUAAGGGCAUAGUUGAUAUAGGUGUGUACACCAGAAUCUUGAGAUGCUUUGCUAGUUGGCAACCUGCUUAUAGGCAUUUUUUAGCAGAUGGGUAAACAGUCAAUAACUAGUUCAAUUACUGCUACAUAUUACACGUCUGAGGCUUUUUGGUUAAUAAGAGAUAGAUUUAAGAGCUACCUUAACAUUCAUGAAGUACUUUUUCUAUGUAAAAACAGUUACAAUAUUUAAUAUUAAUUACCAUUUCAUUAUGUAGCAAUGGUUUAUUUCUUCAAAGAACAAGUGCACAGUACAAUUUUGGACAUCAGUUGCCAUGUUUAUACCCAUAAUGCAGAUUUUUCCCCAUAAUUCUGUGCAGGGGGUUUCAUUGUCCACUUCAGCAAAAUGAAUCCAGAGGCACACGCAUGUGGUAGCACUUCAAGUGGUCAGCGUUAAAAUGGCAUUAUCGUAGGAUUUCUGUUGCUGUUGGAACCCUGGAAUUAGUGCCAUGUUCAGGGUGGCAGUAGCGCCAGGGUUCCACAGUGUCAAAAGGUGCUUUUAGCAGAAGAGGCACAAUGGCAGUUGGCGCAGGUGUAUGAAAGGACAAGGAGUGUGUUUGGAUACAGUACUGUUAAUGAAUAGCAGCAAUAAGAUUUACCUUUGCACCCGUUUUUGCACCAGUGGCUGCAUUCGUAAAUGACCCCUCUGUUGUUGGGGGUGGAGAUCUGGGAGUGUCAAUUGUGUAAGAUAUUUUUGUCUGUCCUUGUGUUACAGUGAAUGAGCAAUAUGCAAAGAUAGGGGUAUUUGUUGCCAUAUGUGGAAGAAGAGUUCUGCAAACCUCUCUGUUUUUAAGACCAUCCUGUAGAUCAAAUGUCUGUGUUUCUUUGUCCUUUAAAGACGUACAUUAAUUAUAUGCACUGGAGUAAAUCUCAGAGAUGCUGUUUUAUAGACAUCAAUACAUUAUUAUGCAAUGUCUCUUAGUAUCUGGAUAAACUUAUUUGUUCUGUUGUCUUCACUUGUGAACCAGACCAUUUGAUUUGUUAAGAAAAGAGCCAAGGCAUGUGUAUUAUAAAGGUAUAUUUGUUA